AUGGCUGUGGAAGCCGGCAGGAGGCUGCUCGUGCAGUGGGGGGAUGGGCAGGACUGGCAGGCCCGCGUCGCCAUCGCUCCCGCCACCGCCACCGAGCUGCAGGCUAUCAUGGAAGUUCAAGCGACUCCCGAUCAGAUAGCGGCUGGGAAGAUAUGGUGGUGCGGGACGCCGGACGGCGACGCCUACCCUCACUGCCUGGACGUGGGCCCGCUCAGCGGGUUGAUCCUGUGCGACGACGAGGGCCGACCAGAUCGGGCGACACUCCUCGGCACCAGGUUCACCAACCGCACACGCGUGUAUGGCACGGACUGGAGCGCCACGCCGCCGGAGUUCGCCAAGAUGAUCAAGCUGUGCCUCGGCGACCAGUGGCUGGAGCCACGGCUGGCAGUAGUGGCAGCUGGGGGUGGAGCGGUGGCGAAUCUGAUUGAGGUCGGGUCGCGGACGCUGCCGUCCCCGACGCCCGACGGCUGGCAGGUCGUCUGGAGCACGGGCGGCACCCCCCGCAAGUCGCUGCUGGGUAGCCUGAGCGCGGAUGAGUUCGCUGUCUGCGACGUCGGCGCCCUCGCCGUGAAGGGCUCAGAGGUGCUGCUGCUGCGGAGGAGCUCAGGCGUCGAGGACGACGUGGACUCGGACGCCCGCGUGCUCAGCAUCGUCCAGAGCCCGAGUGGAGAGAGACGGCGCCCUUUCAAAGAUAGUGUGAGAGAGAUGACUGAGACAAGCUGGGCGGCGUGGCCAAUCCUUGGCCCCAGGACCGCUCGGUGGUGUCUCGAGUUCAUUGCUGAGCAAGACACCCACCCCCGCGCGCGGCACACGAAGUGGAGACAUGAAGCGGGGGUGGGUGGUCAGGACAUCGGUUGUCAGGACCACGAGCUGGCGAUGAGAAUGAUAGAGCUGGCCGUGGUGUACGACCAGCUCAACAUCACUGAGCUGGCGAGUUUCGAGCUGCUCUUGAGGAGGGCGCAGCUCGCGGAGAUGCGGUAUCGUGACAAGAUCUUGGGAAAGCACGGUGGGGACGAGUUCGCGGAGGAUGAGUUCCUCUGCAUGGGGACCGGCCUCACGCGCGGCCUGGUGAUGGUGAGCCCGGACCUCUCGGGCCACAUCACCGAGCAGCUCCACAAGGAGGCCGCCGUGAUGAAGGAGCGCAGGAAGUUGAAGGAGGAGAGGCAGGCAAGCCGUGCCCCCGGCGGAGGGGGUGCGGGCGGGAGCUCAUCAGCAGCGGCCCAGGGGCUGCAGAAGAAGGUGAAUGCCCAGGCCGCCGAGAUCCGCAGGCUGAUGGACAAGAAGGAGCACCUCCACGCCUGGGUGCAGGAAGUUCUGGUUUCAAUUAAUGAGCUGUACGGCCACGGGUCGCUGCCCGCCAAUGGCAAGUCUUCGCUCGCGCAGGAGUGCGGGUUGGAGCACGUCAGGCGCGUGGUGGAGGACGCCGGGCCACCGCCAGCUUGCACCGCCGCGGCAGCCCAUCGAGAGCUGUGCGGACCUGGGCACGGCUACGUCUUCGAGCCGGAGCACAUCGCGUCCUACGACCGGUCCCUGGUCUCUCUGCCGAAGGGGGGCGCCCUCGUCGAUGGGAGCCGCAUCCUGGGCGGCAGCCAGGCGCCCAAGCCCCACUACGACGGCAAGUUCCGUUCCCGAUCUACCUACGCCCAGUUUGUCGGUGACCUGUUGGACGCCGGCGUGGUCUCCCUGAAGCAGCAGCGGGGGGAGACCGUGGGCGCGUUCUUUGUGCACAAAUCGAAUGGUAUGCAGCGUUUAAUUAUUGACCCUCGGCGUGUCAAUGACUUGUUUGAAGCUCCAGCGCACACAGUGCUCCCGACGGCGGGGGCUUGGUCGGCGUUGGAGGUCCCCAUGGACCAGGAGCUGCACCUCGCCCAGGCCGACGUGGACAACGCGUUCUACAGGAUCGGCUUGCCGCGGGGGGCGCAGGAGAUGUUCGUUUUGAGAGCUGUCCACCUUCCCACCCUGCUGAAGCUGAGGCCUGACCUCUCAGAUCAGCUGCCGCCAGGGAUCGAGACGUGGGCGUCACCUUGCCUAGAGGUGCUUCCCAUGGGGUGGACGUGGAGUCUCUACUUUUGCCAAUGCAUGGUGAUGGCUGGUGUUCAGGCUGCUGGCUUCGCCCUCUCCGAUUUCAUCCAGGACCGCCGUGCAGCCCCGUCGGUGACGGACCGCAACCGGGUGGCCGUCUACGUGGACGGAGUCGCUGUGGUGGGGCUGGAGGCCGAUCUGGUGACCUCCGACUGCGAGCGGGUCGCCGCGAAGCUGGAGGCGCUGGGCCUGAAGUGCAAGGGCGUGGAGGCGGCUGGCUCGGACACCACCUUCACAGGCCUGAGCUUCGAGGUCGCCUCCGGCAAGAUACGGCUUUCCCGGUCACGGACGUGGAAGUUGAGGUUGGCUCUCCUGCACACGGCCUCCCGCGGGUGGGCCUCGGGAGACGAGCUUCGGCAUCUCCUUGGCCACUGGUGCUGGGCAGCGAUCCUGCGGCGUGAACUGCUGAGUGUGUUCGCGCAGACCUACAGGUACAUCGCCCUGGCCGGCUCCAGGAGGUGGAGGCUCUGGCCCUGCGUGGGGGCCGAGCUGCGGCGGGCCGCGGCCUUGGUCUGCUUCGCGCUCGUGGACGCCAAGCGGCCCUACAGCACGGUCGUGACCGCGUCCGACGCCUCGGGGGCCAGCCGCCACGACUUCGGCGGGUACGGCGUGAUGGAGACCGACUGGGACCUGGAGAGCGUGAGGGCCGCGGCGGGGCAGGCCGAGAAGUGGCGGUGGUGUGUCUCAGAUGCCAUCGCUGCUCGUGCCCAGACGCUCGGUCUGCCGCAGGAGCAGGGGCCAAAGCGUCCAAUGUCUCGCCAGGCAGGAAACACUUUCGACCAUAUCACGCCCAGCCAGAUGGGCGACGACAGCAGCUGGCGCCUGUGCGCAAAAG